AUCGUCCUCGUACGUGGUGGUCACGUGACUUUUGGCGAAUGCCAUAACCACUGAAGCGGAGGAAAGUGUUCGGAACGUCCCUGGCCUGCAGAACUUAACACUAUGGACUUCAACGUGAAGAAACUGGCCUCCGGUGCCGGACUGUUUUUCACACGAGCUGUACAGUUUACAGAGGAGAAGCUGGGCCAGGCGGAGAAGACAGAGCUGGAUGCUCAUUUUGAAAACUUGAUAAGUCGUGCAGACUGCACCAAAAAUUGGACGGAGAAAAUCUACAGACAGACUGAGGUCCUGCUGCAGCCCAACCCAAUUGAUCACACAGGUGCCAGAAUUGAAGAGUUUCUCUAUGAAAAGUUGGACAGGAAGGCACCAUCCAGAAUUACUAAUGGAGAGCUGCUGGGUCAAUAUAUGCAGGAUGCAGCAAGGGAAUUUGGUCCUGAAACUCCAUAUGGGAGCACUUUAACGACUGUGGGGGAAUGUGAGAGAAGAUUAGGAGCAGCAGAGAGGGAUUUCCUCCAGACAUCAACUAUUAGCUUUCUCUCUCCCCUCAGGAACUUUCUGGAAGGCGAUUGGAAGACCAUUUCAAAAGAACGACGUCUUCUGGAAAAUCUGCGUCUAGACCUGGAUGCUUGUAAGACACGUCUGAAGAAGGCUAAAUUGUCUGAGGCUAAAGCUGCGAUGGCUCCAGAUUUUCAAGAAACCAGACCCCGCAACUAUGUGCUUUCUGCCAGUGCCUCUGCGCUAUGGAGUGAGGAAGUGGAAAAAUCCGAACAUGAACUCCGAGUAGCGCAAACAGAGUUUGACCGCCAAGCAGAAGUUACACGGCUACUUUUGGAGGGCAUCAGUAGUACACAUGUGAAUCAUCUGCGCUGUCUGCAUGAGUUUGUUGAGGCCCAAGCAGCUUUCUAUAAGCAGUGUCAUUUCCACAUGCAUGAACUAAAGAAAGAUUUGGGAAGUUCACAUGCAGAUGUGCUUCCCAAUGCGUUUGCACUGAGCUCCACUCAAUCCGUGGUUGCUGCUGGCACUGCAGCAGAAGACAUCAGCAGCCCUGUAGAGAAAGAUACACUGAAGAUUGAAGAAGUUCAGGCACCAGCUACAGGAACCCGCAAGGCCAAAGUACUUUAUGAUUACGAUGCCGCUGACUCCAGUGAACUUUCCCUUCUAACUGAUGAGCUCAUCAUAGUUUACACAGUGCCGGGAAUGGACUCUGACUGGCUGAUUGGAGAGAGAGGAAACCAGAAAGGGAAAGUGCCUGUCACAUACUUGGAGCUUCUCAGCUAAAGAAAAACCCACACAUUCACAAAUUCACACACACACACAAAAUACACACGUGUGUAAGGGCGUGUGAGCGGGUAAUAUUAAAGCCAUGAGUAUAUUUAAUCGAAUUACAUUAUUUUCUCAUAAAGCUGUAAACUUCUGUAGCACUCCUCCAGUUAGCAUAAGCAAAAGUUAAUUUAAACACACACUCUUCCAUGUGCUUUUUUGAGCAUAAUGAAGUACAUUCACACUUACAGUCAUAAUAGUGGAGACACUGUUACAGUGAGUACAGGAAAAUCCCACUGGGGGAUGGCUAACAUUCUUUUUUUGUUUGGUAGUUUAUUAUGACAAUUUUUUUUCCUAUUUAUUUCCUAUUUAUUGUUUUGCGUCCCAAAGGGUUCAAGUGGACUGUUCUAUGUAUUGAUGAAGUUGAGCUGUGACAAACUGUGACUGACACACAUCAUGAGAGGGAUUUCCAAAUCCGUACCAAAUUAUAUUGUUGAUUGUUUUUGUGUACUUUUGUCUCUUAAAUCUGCAUUUUUCAUAAAUUCAGUGAUGAACAACGAUUAGAACAUAUUCCAGACUUCUGGUGCCUCUAAAAUAUGGAUCCACCAUGAUUGCCAGAUUCCUGUUUAUUUUGUGUCAGGGAUAGAAGUGUGAGGUUUGUAUAAUGCUUCCCAAAUUUAAGAAAUCUUUGAGGACUUUGAUGAACCAAAACCAACAUGCAAUAACUACUCCCCCCUAUGCUCCUGGUUAAAGAGGUGAUGACAAGUGUAAUGGUUCAGUUACCUGCAGUUCCUCUUUGUAUGACAGACACUGCUCAUUGAAGAAGUGAAAACAAAUGUUUUCCAACAGACGAGUGUGAAAACCAUUCAUACAACUUUAUGGUUUAUUUGUUUUAUGUGUUCUGUUGUUUUACUUGACAGUACCACAUGAACAGACUUGAAUUUCUCAUCUUUUUUUAAUCCUUGAUCAAAGCAUAAGUAAUGACUUAAAAAUUACUGUUGACUGUAAAACAAUAACUGAAACAGCAAAUAAUUUUGUCACAAAACGGUUACCAUCCUUGACUUUUGGGAGGCAGAAUUGCCUUAACUGCUUUGAAAUGAAUGUAGCAUUAUUUUAAGUGGACGGUCUUUGGUUUUUGCUUCCCACAGCACUGAAGAUGUCUAUUUCACAAUAUGAACACCGGUGCAGCUGUUGUUGCACAGGUCUAACUGCCUUAAGAGGAUGGGAAAACACUGCUAAGGCCAUCUGCUGCAAACCAGAGAAUGUGCCCUUCAAAACAAUACAGCAUGCAAGAGUCUUUCUCCUCCUAAUCAUAUGUUUGUGGGAUUUUUGGUUUGCCCAAGAGUGGUUUGGGGAUUUACAGUGUUCCUGUUUGUUGUUCCUUUGUCUGUUUAUAAGUGUCUUCAGUCAUAGUGCUGCAUGUGCUACAUUUCGCGGACUGCUCUGCUGGAAACGUAUGUGUGUAAACAACAAUAUGAUUAGCUGUGCCUGCUAAUGUGAGAUCUGUAACAACCAGGAUGUUUGCACAAACAACAAUAUGCUCUCUCACAUGAAGUUCUGUGUACAUGCAUGCAAAUAAACCAGGCCUCAGCAGCUUUUGUGAAAUGAGCACAGUGUUUGGAAGUGCAAAAAUCCGAGAGGUGAGAUUAACCGGAAACCAUAGCUAACUGGUUGCAGUUGCAGUCAGUGAGACAAAUGGGGACAAUGGGGUCUAAGGAUUUUUCUAGGCGGAGGAAUGGAUUCCUCAUCAUGUAUCCUGCUCUCUACUCUUUGCUCUUUUCACAGUUUUCUUUUAGAAAGAUUUUUUUACUACUGCUGUUGUGAUUCUGUUGUACCUCAUCUUGUUUUUACCCCCAAAAAUAUGUAUUGCCUGUUCCUUCACCCUGAAUGAAUGGAAUGUGUAGUUUAAUAAAAAAAGUUUGAUUCAUUUGAA